GGGGAAAUAUCUCAUCAAAAUGAUAUUGAAACCAAGGAGACUCACUUUGUAUGGUUAAAGUCUGCAUCAAAAGGGUUCAGCCAAGAGAAAAAACAGGUACUAGUCAAGUUCACGCCUCGGCGUGGACCCACGCUCCCAUUUUACGUAGCAGCUCAACUCACUGGAGCCAUUUCUGCUGCAUACACAUUGCGAGAGCUUUUCCAGCCAUCAAAGGAAAUUGGGGCAACAUCACCUGCUGGAUCACAUGUUCAAGCACUAAUCAUGGAAAUGGUGACAACUUUCACCAUGGUGUUCAUUUCCAUGGCCGUGGCCACUGACACAAACGCUACAGGACAGCUAUCAGGAGUAGCAGUAGGUUCUUCUGUUUGCAUAGCAAGCAUUGUUGCCGGACCAAUAUCAGGGGGAUCAAUGAACCCAGCAAGGACAUUAGGUCCUGCAAUUGCAGUUUCAUCCUACAAGGGACUUUGGGUAUAUUUUGUUGGACCAAUUACUGGGGCAGUUUUAGCAGCAUGGUCUUACAAUGUGAUUAGGGACACGGAACACCCUGGUUUUCCAUUUUCACUAUCCUCCCUUUCAUUCAAGGUACGACAAAGCAUCGUUGGAACCGAACAAGUUGAUAAAAACGGCCACCGAUGCUUGGUUUGA